GGCGGAGCGCCAGGGUGGAAGCGGACGUGACGUCAUCAUAAACAGGAAGUAGAUCGCUGAGAAGGGGAGGAACGGAUCCGUGAAACAUGGCGGAGUACUUGGCUUCGAUUUUCGGGACUGAGAAAGAUAAGGUGAAUUGUUCCUUCUACUUUAAGAUCGGUGCGUGUCGCCAUGGAGACCGCUGCUCACGCCUCCACAACAAGCCGACUUUCAGCCAGACGAUCGUCCUCCUGAACCUUUACCGGAACCCACAGAACACGGCGCAGAGCGCGAACGGAUCCCACUCGCUGGUCAGUGAUGUGGAGGUGCAGGAACAUUAUGAUGACUUUUUUGAGGAAGUGUUCACCGAGGUGGAGCAGAAGUACGGGGAGAUCGAGGAGAUGAACAUCUGUGACAACCUGGGCGACCACCUGGUGGGCAACGUCUAUGUCAAG